AUGGCGCAGGGAGCGACGUAUGAUGAGCUUGUCAGGGGAUGGGAUCCCUUCACUGCCUGCGUGCUCUUCGCUGAGGUGGGCAACGGCUGGCUGUCGGUAGCCAUCUUGAAGCGAAUGUCUGCCGUGGUGAAGUUCGUGUGCAAGUCGGCAGCAGCGCCGAGCCUCUACAUGGUCUAUUCCUUCUCGCACUUCCGACAGCACCACUUCGAGUGGCAGACCUUUCUCCCCAUUCUGGCAAUGACUACCUGCAUCUACCUCUAUGCAGAGCCGCCCUGCUUUGGCAGCGUCGGCAGCGCGAAGGGACAUCAGAAUCAUCAGAACACGCAGACCUGGCCUGAUCAAUACAAAGCUAAACGGGGACAAAGUGCCCAGGGCUAG